AAAGUCCAGUUGCCUUUUCAAAAAAGCACCUUUGGGAACAGCUGAACUUCCUCUUCCGGAUCACUCAUGGGAGGAGAGUGGUGUGCAGAGCAGCUUCUGUGCUCUUCCCAGGGUCGAAGCAGCAGCUGGAAGACAAAGAAGAAAGAAAUACGAGCACUUUGGACAACUGAGGAUAACAAGCAACCUUGAACAGAAAAGCAAGUCAGUCCAGAAAUCCAAAUAUUUUUCAUUUCCUUCAGAAAGCCACACUUUUCUUCAGCUUCUUCAGCAGGUGAGAGAGACACAAGAGAAAAUCAAGAAAAGAUUUCUAGCUGGGAAAAGUAGAGUGUAAAAUUCAAGCAUACCUUACAUGAAAAGUCAAGGGAGAUUAUUUUUCCAACCAGCAAAAGAGGGAAAUGUCUAGAAGUUACUGGGGAGGAAAAGGUCAAUUGGAAAAUCACGUAGAGCAGACAGUGUGUCAGUCCUUGCUCUGGGAGGAGGAAAACGGCCUGAAACAAAAUACCACCAAAUAGGAACCAUCCAUAUUUUUGAUCUCCUAAGAAUAUUAGUUGUGGAAAAGCUCCAUAGACGUGGCUGUUGAGGGAAAGAUACAACUCACAAAAAUCACAGCUGAUUAUGCAUGAGAAGAUCCAGCCUUAAGAAAAAUCGUACAAAUAUUCUGAAAGUAGCCAAACAUUGGUCAGAACCCCUCCAUUGUGCAUCAUGGAAGAACCCACACAGGAGAGAAGCCCUACAGGUGCUCCCAAUGCGGUAUUUGUUUUUACAAACAUGGCAAUGUGGACUCACACCAAGGAGGAACCGUUUGAAUGUCCUGAUUAUGGGAAAAGCUUCAGUAACAAUUCCACCCUUGUGACAUACCAGAGCAUUCCCACUGCCGAGAAACUCUGUAAAUGUCUUGAGUGUGAGAAUAGUUUCAGUCAGAAUUCUCCCCUUGUUGCACACCAAGGAACUCACACAGGAGAGAAACGAUUUGAAUGUCCUGAUUGUGAGAAAAGUUUCAGUACCAAUUCCAGCCUGGUGAAACAUCAUAGGACUCACACAGGAGAAAAACCCUUUGAAUGUCCUGUUUGUGGGAAAAGUUUUAGUCAGAAUUCCAGCCUGGUGAUACACCAGAGUACUCACACAGGAGAGAAACCCUUUGGAUGUCCUGAUUGUGAGAAACGUUUCAGUACCAAUUCCAGCCUGGUAAAACACCAGAGGAUUCACACAGGAGAAAAACCCUUUGAAUGUCUUGUUUGUGGGAAACGUUUCAGUCAGAAUUCCAGCCUGGCGAUACACCAGAGAACUCACACACGUGAGAAACCCUUUGAAUGUCCUGAUUGUGGGAAAAGUUUCAGUGCCAGGUCCAGCCUUGUGAUACACCAGAGGACUCACACAGGAGAGAAACCAUUUGAAUGUCCUGUUUGUGGGAAACGUUUCAGUAAGAAUUUCAGCCUGGUGAUACACCAGAGAAUUCACACAGGAGAGAAACCCUUUGAAUGUCCUGAUUGUGGGAAAAGUUUCAGUACCAAUUCCAGCCUUGUGAUACACCAGAGGACUCACACAGGAAAGAAAUCGUUUGAAUGUCCUGAUUGUGGGAAAAGUUUCACUAGAAAUUCCUACUUCAUUGACCACCAGAGGAUUCACACAGGAGAGAAACCCUUUAAAUGUCCUGAUUGUGGGAAAUGUUUCAGCCAGAAUUCCCACCUUAUUAGUCACCAGAGGUUUCAUACAGGAGAGAAACCCUUUGAAUGUCCUUAUUGUGGAAAAAGGUUUAGUCAGAAUUACUACAUGGUAACACACCAGAGGAUUCAUACAGGAGAGAAACCCUUUCAAUGUCCUGAUUGUGGGAAAAGUUUCAGUAAGAAUUCCUACCUCAGCAGCCAUAAGAGGAUUCAUACAGGAGAGAAACCCUUUAAGUGUCCUGAUUGUGGGAAAAACUUCAGUAAGCGUUCCCACCUCAGUAGCCACAAGAGGAUUCACACAGGAGAGAAACCUUUUGAAUGCUGUGAUUGUGGAAAAAGUUUCUCUCAGAGUUCCCAGCUUGUGAUACACCAGAGGACUCACACAGGAGAAAAACCUUUUAAAUGUCCUGACUGUGGGAAAUGUUUUAGUCACAAUUCCAGCGUGGUGACACACCAGAGGACUCACACAGGAGAGAAACCGUAUGAGUGUCCAGACUGUGGGAAAGAUUUCAGCACUAGGUGUAACCUUAUAAAUCAUAUGCUUAUACACACAGGGGAGAAACCAUUUAAGUGCCUCGAGUGUGGGCGGUGGUUCAGGCAACAUUCCAGCCUUAUCGCACACAAGAAAAUCCACCUGAGGCCCAAAGUGAUGAGCGUAGAGAAGGCUUAAAUUUCAUUUUUAAAUUCCCAUUGUAAGUCCAGCUGAGAAAUUACUAUUUAAUUUGACUACAAAGAAUUUGCCUGAUUUUUUGUAGGCAAAUAUGUAAUGAUACUAGAUGAGAAGGAGAAAAGAAAUUGGAACGUAUUAGUUUGAUCAUGGGGAUUACCUGUAUUAAUUUUUGCAGAAAUUUUGCAAUUAUGUGAAAAUAUUUUGGGAGUGUUCUUUGCAUUUUUAUCAUAGUAGAUAAUAGAAAUGUCACGUCCAGAGUCCCAGCCUUUUUCUUCCUUGCCUGCCUCAAGAUUUUCAGUCCCAGAAUUCUCCAUCCAGCAUUUCUUGGCGAUGGGAAUACUCAGACUAUAGUUACAGAUUGUGGCUCCCCAUAUAAGGAGAAAAUGAGAGAAGUAGAAGGGGUUCAAAGUUUAUCUUUUUAAAACAGCUCCAGGAAUUCAGUGCAACCAAGUAUGUCUGUUCCAAUUGUGUCAAGAAUGAGGCAAGCAAUUAAAGAUACCAUAUGAAUAGCAAAUAUAUUGGGAGAGUUAGGGGCAGCGACAAAACUAGUCUAAAAUUUCAGGUGUAAGGGCUGUUGUGCCUUGCAAGUGACCUUCAUGGAGAAGAGUUGAGGAGAAAAGGAAUUGUGGUGUUGUGCACAGGACCUCCAGGUUUAUUCGCAACUACUGCUUUGAUCUCCUUUGUUUUAGGGGCCUCCUUGUUAGACUUUGACAGCUGGGGGUUGAUUGUACCACUAAGAGAUGAUACCUUUGUGACUCUCCCCUCUGGUGGGGAGAUGUGGGCGGAAAAUUGUAUAGGACAUAAAUGUUUCAUUUCUAAAACUGCAUUGCAUAAGAAUCAUGGAUAGCUUUUGAGAAAGAAAAAAUAAGAAAAAAAUAAAGGUCAGCAUUUCUGUAAACAUUAAGAACAUGGUAAUACAAUGCUCUCUUCCCAACACAUGGGAGACGUUUCCUGUUCUUUAACUUCUCUCCCAGGGCUCCUUAAUUGUUUUCAAAACUCUAUCCUUCAAAUAUGCAGAUGGAUUAUCCUGAUUUUGCUGGGCUUAAAAGACUCCAAAGAAUUCUAAGAUUCUCUCUUUCACCAACACCAUUCAAAAAGACAGGUAACAAUCUGUUUUAGUAUGUCACAAUCAUAUAAGGCCUUUCAAGGACAUCCAAUAACCAGGACCAGGCCAGGUGUGUGGAGAAACCAAGAGUCUCUUGGCCAUAAUCUUCAUUCCAAGUGCUUGAGAAUUUGAACACGUGCAAAUUUUCUAAAAUUUAAAAUUGUAUGUGUUUGUAUGUAGGCAUUGCGGGGUGGUGUUAGGACAACUGAAUGGAAC